UGUAAUCGCAUCUCGCUUCAGGGCAGCUGUGGGUUGGCCGUGUCACAUCGGAUUGCGUGAACAUGUCUUGUGACUUGUUAACAUUUGGAAAGGGAAAAAAACCUGGAAUGAUGACAUUGCCGACGUUACAAACUGCGGUGUUUUGGAUCGUCCCCCUUUGUAAGGUUGCUGCUGCAUUCUAACGACGCAAGGUGAAUCUAGCGUUGGCGUACAGGUGUUACAGAGCUGCCUGGCAGCUGGUAAAUGCCACUUGGGAUAUAGGGUGUUAACAACCCACAUGGUUCUGUAUUAUAUAACCACCAAUAUAUUCAGAUGCCCAUUAACUCAUGGCCAUCAUCAUCAUCUACAUCAUCAUUGUCAUGAAUCAUUGACUAGCUGCUAAUAGAUGAAGUCCCCCCCAUCGCAAUGCCUUCACCUUCCCACAGUCCUGCGAUGUCACAAUCCAUCUCACUCCUGCACAUUCACUGAUCUCACCGCUCCGUCUCUGAUGUGACCAUCCGCUGGGAAAGGAGGGUGGGAGUCUCUUGGCCUCAUUCCAUCAAUUUUGUCGUCCAUCAGCUGUCAUCCCUUCCUGGGACAUUGUCCACUUUUCUUCACCGAGUCCAUGUACCUACUGUACUACAAUGCAAUUUGAAUUCGUAGUGACACCAUGGGACUGCAUCUAGAGAUGCUAUAAAUGUAACAGUGGGUCUUUCAUAACGGAGAGACGGUCCAAUUUAAUGGUAUCGUUAAAAGAGAGGUCAUGAGCCUAGACUUAAAUAGGUGCAGGAAGUCGACCGCACAGAUGGAUAGGGGAACGCGGCUCCAGCUAAUAAGGGCUGCAUAGGAGAAUAAGCGUCCUCCCACUAAGCGAAUGUUGACUGGCUGGUUUGAUAAUAAGAUAAUUUCAAUGUAACAUCCACUAAUUACUGGACCAAAUUAUGCAAUUGGAUAGUACGUGGCUAAUUCCUUCAAAGUCUUUAGCAUUUGCAGUGUGCGACUGACUCCUGCCACUACCACCACCACCACCACCUGGCAUCGGGUGCAUGGGCCCAAGACGCAUCGAUCCCUCUGUCGUGGCAUCUUAGCCGCGGUGGCCACUCCGGGCCUUCUCUAUCCGAGGUGCCGUUGGCCGGCACGGCGUCCGUUAAAUAUUCAUACACUGUACACGUCUGCGUCGUGUUGGUAACACCGCUUUCUCUCUCUCUCUCGCCCGUGGUCCCUCAUCGCCGGGCGGGGAGCGUUAACAUUCAUCAUCGAUCCAUCACGCCGGCCGAGCCUAUUGGAGGCUCUUGUGCCCGUUGCCCAGGCUGGGAUGGUGUCGCCGUGACGACGGACUAUGGCGACGAGCAGCAGUAGCAGCAGCGCGGACGGGGUCGCCGUGGGAACCAGCAGCGCCAGCAGCAGCUCGAGCCCCGUCGUGCGACAGAUCGACAAGCAGUUCUUGAUCUGCAGCAUCUGCCUGGAGCGCUACACCAACCCCAAGGUCCUGCCGUGCCUGCACACGUUCUGCGAGAAGUGCCUCCAGAACUACAUCCCAGCCCAGAGCCUGACGCUGUCGUGCCCGGUGUGCCGCCAGACGUCCAUCCUUCCCGAGCGCGGCGUCUCCGCGCUGCAGAACAACUUCUUCAUCACGAACCUCAUGGAGGUGCUGAGCACGCAGGGAGACGGUGCCGCGGGGACGUGCCCCGGCGUGGCCGGCUCCGGCGAGCUCGGCGCCGCGGGCUGUGCCGGGACGGGAGACGGCACGGCCCCCGGGGCCGGCGGCGGCGUCGGCGGCGGCGUCCCCGGCGGGGUGGUGUGCGUCGUCAUCGGCCAGCCGCUCUCCUGCCCCAACCACCAGGGCAAGGUGAUGGAGUUCUACUGCGAGUCGUGCGAGACGGCCGUGUGCCACGACUGCACCAACGCGGAGCACCUGGAGCACCCCUCGGUGCUGCUCAAGGACGUGGUGGAGCAGCACAAGGCGUCCUUGCAGGGCCAGGUGGAGCUCGUGCAGGCCAGGCUCCCGGAGCUUGACUCUGCUAUCGGCAUGGUGUCGGAGAUCGCUAAGCAGCUGCUGGCCCAGCGGGACGAGGCACUCGGGGAGAUCCGCGCCGCCUUCGACGACCUCACCAAGGCCCUGGAGCAGCGCAAGAGCGCGCUCGUCACGGACACGGAGGGCCUCUACACCUCCAAGCAGAAGGUGCUGCAGGCUCAGCUGGACACGCUGGUGCAGGGCCGUGCCAACAUCCGCAGCAGCUGCGACUUCACGGCGCAGGCGCUGAGCCAAGGCGGCGAGACGGAGGUGCUGCUCGUGCGCAAGCAGAUGAGCGAGCGGCUGGCGCAGCUGGCGGAGCAGAGCUUCCCGCUGCACCCGCUGCAGAACGACCACCUGGAGUUCCGCGCCGAGGCCGCCGACCCGCUGCGCCGCUCGCUGCUCAACUUGGGCGCGCUCGUCACCACGCACGCCGUCGCCUGCCAGACCGUCGCCACCGGGGACGCCCUGCGGCAGGCGGUGGUCGGGCAGCCGGCGUGCGUCACCGUCACCACGAAGGACAAGGACGGCGAGCUGGUGCGCUCGGGCUCGGCGGCCCUCACCGUGGAGAUCUGCACGCCCGAGGGCAGCGUGGUGGACGGCGAGGUCACCGACAACCGCAACGGCACCUACGAGCUCACGUACACGCUGCCGCGCGACGGCGAGUUCACGCUCGCGCUGCGACUCUACGACCAGCACAUCCGCGGCAGCCCCUUCCGCCUGCGCGGCCUCAAGCCCAGCGACCUGUCGCCCGGCGCGGGGGACGCGGCGCGCCGCCGGGGCAAGUCGCCGGGCGCCGGCGGGGGAGGCGGCGGCGGCGGAGGAGGAGGGGCGGCGCCGUCGAGCGCUCACGUGCGGCAGCGCGCCCUCAAGCGACCGUCCAGCAUGUACAGCACCGGGCGGCGGAAGGAGAACCCCAUAGAGGACGACCUCAUCGCGCGCAUCGGGACCAAAGGAAGGAACAAGGGAGAGUUCACGAACCUGCAGGGGGUCGCGACCUCCGGGAACAGCCGCAUCGUCAUCGCCGACAGCAACAACCAGUGUGUGCAGGUAUUCACCAACGACGGGACGUUCAAGUCGCGCUUCGGCGUGCGAGGUCGCUCCCCGGGGCAGCUGCAGCGGCCGACGGGCGUUGCCGUCCACCCAAACGGGGACGUCAUCGUGGCCGACUACGACAACAAGUGGGUCAGCAUCUUCGGCACCGACGGGAAGUUCAAGAGCAAGCUGGGCGCCGGCAAGCUGCUGGGGCCCAAGGGCGUGGCGGUGGACCGCAACGGGCAUAUCAUCGUGGUGGACAACAAGGCGUGCUGCGUCACGGCCUUCCAGCCGAGCGGCAAACUCGUGACGCGCUUCGGCAGCCGGGGGAACGGGGACAAGCAGUUCGCAGGACCUCACUUUGUCGCAGUAAACAGCAACAACGACAUCAUAGUCACGGAUUUCCACAACCACUCCGUCAAGGUCUUCAACUCGGACGGGGAGUUCCUGCUCAAGUUCGGCUCCAACGGAGAAGGCAACGGGCAGUUCAACGCCCCUACCGGCGUGGCUGUGGACGCCCUGGGCAACAUCAUCGUGGCCGACUGGGGCAACAGUCGGAUACAGGUGUUCGACAGCUCCGGCUCGUUCCUCUCCUACAUCAACACCUCGGCCGACCCACUCUACGGGCCCCAGGGCCUGGCUCUCACCUGCGACGGCCACGUCAUUGUCGCCGACUCGGGCAACCACUGCUUCAAGAUUUACCGAUACCUGCAGUGAACGCCGGCCGCGGCUCCUCACUUCCUCCCAGCGCGGCGUCGCGAGCGGUUCUGCCGAUGGCCGGCGGCCGGGCCUCUUGGGUCUCCGGCGUAGGGGGCGCGCGUGCGCCGAUCUCUUCUCCGUGUGACCUGCGGGAUCGGCC